UUCAGCGGAAUAUACCCCUCGCCAAAUUUUGACGAGCUUCCAUUGAAACAAACUGAUCCAAAGGGCUCCGCCUGGGGACUAUGGGGAGAUACUGAUGAGCGCGGAACGUUGAACUUGAUCACGAAUGAUGUUGUGCGAGCUGCUUUGGCGGAGUCUGUCGAGGGAAAAGUAGUGAACUUGAAGUACUUCUUCGCUCUUCCACUAGAUGUUCCCCUUAAGCCUAUGAAUCCUCGCAGGAAGCCCUGUUCGCACACUCUCAUUGCCAAGGGGCAUGCGAACGAUGACGAGGUUAGUAAUUACUCACUUGCUCUGAUCAUACUCGAUUUUAAUACACAAAGCUCGAGUCACUGGGAUGGGCUGCGGCAUUUCCCGUACUCCGAAACUAAACAGUUCUACAAUGGAAUUGUCCAAGGCGAAAUUUCCUCCAGCUACAAAAUCGGCAUUCAAAAUAUGGCAGAGAAACCAAUUGUGACUCGUGGGGUCCUUCUCGAUUGGUAUGCGUAUGCUCAGCGCAAGGGCCUGACGCAUCGCCCCUUCACAAACCAGGCUAUUCCUCUAAAUGAGCUACUCGAGGUUGCUAAAGAGCAGCGGGUAACCUUCCGACAGGGAGAUGUUCUCGUUAUUCGUACGGUCUGGGGGGGUCGCGAUGAUCGUGCUUCAUGUGGGGUAGAAGCCACCGAGGCGGCCAUCCGAUGGCACUGGGAGCAAGGGUUUUCUGCUGUCGCUAGUGACACCGUGGCAUACGAACAAUGGCCGUCACCAAAACACUGGGGAGUUUGUAUGCACGAAGUCUUUUUGAGUGGAUGGGGGAUGCCUAUAGGCGAGUGUUGGGAUUUGGAAGAGCUGAGUGAAACAUGCAGAAUGCUACGUCGGUGGACCUUUAUGCUCACGAGUCAACCUCUCAAUCUUCCUGGUGGUGUUGCCAGCCCACCCAAUGCCACUGCAAUAUUUUGA